AGAUACAGUAUAGUUCAAUGUGCAACAGCCACUAAACUAGCAUCAUUUUUACAAUUCAAAAAAUAAUUAUUUGAGCGUUCAACAGGAAAGAAUGAAAACUUUCGCAAUUGUUUACUUGAAUAGUCAGUGACAUAUUGACCAGUAUUUGAUUUUAGAAUAGUCACAUUUUAAACAUGAUGUAUUUAUCUAUAUGAUACGUAUUGGUGAAGUCGUAAUUUACGUUCAUAAAUAUAAUGUUCGUUGUGGGUAAAGGGCUUACCUCUAAUUUUUAAUGGCUGAAAGGUAAAUCAGCAACCAAACCUUUUUAAGUCUCCAUGAGUAAAUACUGAGAUGGGCUAACGUUUGGAGUUUGGAGAUCUAUUACAGGGAACGGCAGUACCUAGUUUUACCCAAACACACAGCAUCUCGGGUGAGAACACAGGUGCUGCUAUGACCUUAACAUCUCUGGAAGAUGCUUUGUCAACACCAGUAAGAGAGAAGUACCAGAAACGUAUCCACAAGGGAUAUGAUGUAGUUGGGCUGUCUCCAUGUUUUGACACUUACGAGAAACUUUAUGAUAAGUCAUGCAUGAAGACUACCAGUAUCCGUGAUGCAACCUCAACCACUGCGGACAUAUCUGGACUGGAACUCUCUGCUAGUGCCGCUACAUCCUUUGAUAUAAUUUUGCAUAAUUUGGUUACAGAUGUGAAGCGUAAUCUUGUACUUAAGGAUGUAGCUGGUCUACCCAUUGGUCAUGUGACAAGAGGUCGAGGGUCAUUCAGGCGAAUUCUUGAUGUGGGUGGCAGUGUGUUCGGAGCAGCUGGAGAACCUGUUCCAAGUUUCCCCCCUUGGCCUGCACCAGCAGAGAAAGGAGGAGGCGUGGUCAUACCUUGUCAUUGCGUGAUUAACCACGGCAACAGAGACAUGGCUUUUGUGACAAUUAAGAAUGCCCUGUUACUUAUGCCAGAGGUGGAAUCAAUGAGGCUGGAAUAGACACUAGUUUGUUUCUCUUUUGGACAUAUGAAGAUACACACACAUACAGAGUUCAAAUAUGUUAGUAUUAAUUUAUUAUUUUCGUUAGCUUUACUUUCAGUGACUGAUGAUGAUAAAUGUCUUAU